GGCGCGAGAGCUCGGGAGCCACAAGAGAAGGCGCGAGGGCGCGAGGGCGAGGGACCGCCGGACCCGGCAGCACCCAUGGCGCCCGCCGCCGUCUGGGCCGCGCUAGCGGUCGGACUGCAGCUCUGGGCCGCGGGGAACGCCGAGCCCUCCGAGCCUAGGAAUCCAUGCCAGGAGAGAGAAUACUUAGACCAGACGACGAAGAGGUGCUGCAGCAUGUGCCCACCAGGUCAUUCUGUCAGGAAAUUGUGCACCAAGACCUCAGACACCAUAUGCGUCCCCUGUGAGGACAGCACAUACACCCAGUUCUGGAACUGGAUCCCCGGGUGCUUCAGCUGUGACCCGCCAUGCAGCCCUGGCCAGGUAGAGAUUCAGGCCUGCACUCUGGAGCAGAACCGGAUCUGCACCUGCAAGCCGGGCUGGUACUGUGUGCUGAAGAGGCAGGUCGGGUGCCGGCAGUGCGUGCCACUGAGCAAGUGCCUCCCCGGCCACGGUGUGACCACACAAGCAACGGCAACAUCAGACGUGAAGUGCAGUGCCUGUCCCCCAGGGACUUUCUCCGACACGACUUCAUCCACAGAUACUUGCAGGCCCCACCGGAUCUGUAGCUUGGUGGCCACCCCUGGCAAUGCAAGCACAGAUGCAGUCUGUGCAUCUGUGUUCCCCACCCAGAAGAAGGUCCCAGGUCCAGUCACCACAUCCCAGCCUGUGUCCACGAGAUUCCAACACAAAGAACCAACCCCAGGGCCCAGCACAACUCCCAGCACCUCACUGAGCCCAAAUCCCAAAGAGCUCAGGACAGGCAGCAUCUCUCUUCCAAUCGGGCUCAUUGUGGGUGUGGCCUCCAGUCUGCUAAUAAUAAUAGUGCUGGUGAACUGUGUCAUCCUGGCCCAGAAGAAAAAGAGGCCCUCCUGCCUGCAGGGAGAAGCCAAGGUGCCUCACCUGCAAGCUGAGAAGGCCCAGAAUGUGCUGGGCACCGAGCAGCAGCACCUGCUGACCACGGCACCCAGCUCCAGCAGCAGCUCCCUGGAGAGCUCGGCCAGCGCCUCGGACAGGAGCACGCCCACUAGGAACCAGCCACAGGCGCCAGGCAUGGCGAAGGCCAGUGGGUCUGGGGAGGCUCGGGCCAGCUCCGGGAGCUCAGAGUCUUCUCCUGGUGGACAUGGGACCCAGGUCAACGUCACCUGCAUCGUGAACGUCUGCAGCAGCUCUGACCAUGGCUCACAGUGCUCCUCCCAGGCCAGUUGCACAAUGGGGGACAUGGACACCAGGCCCUCGGGCUCCCCAAAGGAGGAGCAGGUCCCUUUCUCCAAGGAGGAGCACCCCUUUCAGUCUCAGCCAGGGACUCCAGAGACUCUGCUGCAGAGCGCUGAGGAGAAGCCCCUGCCCCUCGGUGUGCCUGAUGCUGGCAUGAAGCCCAGUCACCAGGCUGGUGUGUGCUAUGUCCCAGCCAGAGCAGGGCCUGAGCCCUGGCUGAGUAACCCUGCCCUGGAGAGGAGCCCCUGGUCCUCCUAGGCCCCUACUCCAGGACUCUUUCUGGGCCCAGUUUCUUUAGUGGUCUCCACAGCCCCAGCUUCCCUCUCAUCUGCAGGCCGAGGGACAAAGGAAACUUUUAAUGUCAUGGUCUGUGUCCCUCUCAGAGGGCUGGCUUGGCAUGGACAUGCAGGGUGGCAUGAGGCAGGUCCCUGCCUCUCUUUGACCUGCCCCCCUAGCUGGACUUGUGAGCUUGGGCUGGAGCUGGACAGACGGAGGGCUUUUGGGCCUGCCUUGGACCCUGCUCUGACUUCAGGAGGCCUCAGCAUCCUCCCCUCCAGAGAGGCUUGCUGGGGAGGAGGGACACCAUGUGAGUCGUUCCUGGAGGAAGGACCUGCCCGAAUGCGGAGACUGCAGGAUGGUCCUAGUGGGAUUGGGGGCAGGGAAGACAUUGUUGAAAUGUCUCUGUGCAGAGAGGAGGUGGCAACUCUGCAGGGAAUGAGGAUCCCUCAAGAUGGCCCAGGACUCCUGGGAAGCACCACCUCUAGACCCUACUCUGCGAGCCUGUGUUCUUAUACCAUGGUGUGAAAAUCAGAUGUCUGGGGGACCCAGGCUGGCAGCUUUAUCUGGUGUUGUGGCAGACCUCUAGCUAGAACUCCCGAUUUAAACAUUUGACAAUUAAAAAUGAGUGCGUACCAUGCAGGCAAACAAGCCAGCCCUGAGACCCACGCACUCACAGCCCCUUGCUUGCUGUCUGCGUCCUCUGCUUUGACCUUCACUCCAGUGUACCCGAGCCUCCAGCUCCUGCCUCAGCUGUCUAGUGUGGCACUCCAAGGCCAGACCGUCUCCUAUCAGGGAAUUUCAGAAAUUGGAGAUGACCGAGGCCCUGCAGCCAUCUCUUUCCUCCUACCUCAACCUGGACCUUCCUCCUGCCUCUGGAGGGGUAUGUUCCUAUUCCCAGGGGAGCUGCGGAGCCACCUCAGUACUGUGCCUGCUGUAAUCCUGAGUGGGUGUCUAUGUCAUGUGUUGUGUUGUCAGGCUGAAUCACCACCCUUGACGCAGCCGAAGUCAACAGUUUUGCCCAGGGAUUCUGACCCAGUGGGGUCAACCCAUUCUCCCCAAACACACACCCAGGGUCCUGCAGAGGGCAAACAAGUAUGGCCUUGACCUGAUUCUAGGAGAGGGUCUUGAGAGGCCAGUUCGGUCUCAGGUACUUGAAUCCCAUGCUGGUAAAUUUCAUGGACUUGAAGUUGGCAGCUGAACUACUGAAGAAGAGUCAGUGAGCCCAGCCACCAGCACAGAGGUGAAAGGC